GAAGCGUAUGUGAGUUCCAACCUCAUUUGCCACUGCCUCCAUCUUUUGUAUCGACAUCUGCUGCUGUUCCUGAAGACAAGCAAGAUGACUUUCUUCAAGCACUCAGGCCCCAGAAGCUACAUGACCUCCACCAUGACGGACCGCUUUGACUGCUUCUACUGUCGCGACAACCUGCACGGCAAGAAGUUCGUCAAGAAGGACGACAAGCAUGUGUGCACCAAGUGCUUUGACAAGAUCUGCGCCAACACCUGCGCCGAGUGCAGGCGACCCAUCGGAGCAGACUCCAAGGAGCUGCACCACAAGAAUCGCCACUGGCACGAGGACUGCUUCCGUUGCGCCAAGUGCUACGCGCCGCUGGCCAGCGAGCCCUUCUGCGCCCGCGACGACGGCAAGAUCAUGUGCGGCAAGUGCAGCUCCCGCGAGGACGGCAACCGCUGCCAGGGAUGCUACAAGGUGGUGAUGCCAGGCGCCAAGAACGUGGAGUACAAGAAAAAGCUCUGGCACGAGGAGUGCUUCACCUGCUUCGAGUGCAACCAGCCAAUCCGCACGCAGAGCUUCCUGGCCAAGGGCGACAAUAUCUACUGCAACGCCUGCCAUGAAAAGAAGUUUGCCAAGAACUGCUUCCAUUGCAAGGAGCCCAUUGCCUCCGGCGGGAUCACCUACCAGGAGAACCCCUGGCACAAAGAGUGUUUCGUGUGCGUCACCUGCCGCAAGCCCCUGAGCGGCACUCGCUUCACCAACCACGAGAACACCCUCUACUGCGUGGACUGCUACCGCACCGAUGUGGCCAAGAUGUGCCAUGGCUGCAAGAACCCCAUCACAGGGUUCGCCCGUGGCACCAAAGUGCUGAACUACGAGGAGUUCUCCUGGCACGAGAAUUGCUUCACCUGCAAGAAGUGCAGCCUGUCCUUGGCCAACAAGCGCUUCGUCCGCACCGGGGACAACAUGUACUGCGUCAGAUGUGCGAUGUGAGACGGCUUUCAAAGUGGUCACGCCCUGAAAGAAAUGGCAUCUGACUCCCUCUGCAAUAGAUUAACAUCAUUAGGGGAAAAACAAAAAAAAUAAGUGCAAUUAGAGAGUACAAAAUGCCAGAUGUAAUUUCAGUUUGUUUGACGUUAGAAGAAUGCAAAAUUAUUUUUAGUCAAUUCAAUGAUGGAAUGAUACUGAAAAUAUUCGGUGGCUACAGUCAGCAUAAAACAAAACAAAAAAAAACAUAAUUUGGUUGAAAAAGGUUUUGUGUGUGUAUAUCUUCUAUCUACAUAGUAACAUGCAAACAGCAUUUCAUUUGAGGAUACAUGCUGCUUUCAAUAGGGGGGAAUACAGUUCACUGUUAUCCAUCCCUGCUUAACAUGCAUACCAGUUUUGAUGAAUCGGCACUUUUUUGGAAUGUGGUUCUUCUUGGGUGUUUUUUUUCUCUUUUUUUGCGCUUAAAGCUGAAAUAUAAGCAGGGCAUGUAUUCAAGACUUUUGCAGUGAAGUUGGAAAAUAAAAUGGAUAAGAAUGAAUAAAGACGGUUGCAAUCUCAA